UUUGAAAAUGAAUAAGAAUUUCAUUUAUUUUAAUGUUAUUUCAUGGAAUUUUCAAAAAAUACAGCAAGUACAUCUACCAACUCAAGUUUACGACAUAUGAAGCAACCUGGAAAAUGUGCAGCCUGUCACACUCCAAAGUUUUGUUGACUUUUCGCCGAUUGUCGUGUCUCCGGUCUCAGAUUUUGGUAUUGAGAGGUGUGACACAAGAUGUUAGCAGUUCCACAUUCAAGCGUCUGAAGCUGCCCGGUAAUAAAGACCCGCUCCCCGUGUUUAUGGAGGAGGAGGUCCAGUCAAUCCUAAACAGAAUCACUGGGGUCGAUCUCAAGAAGGCUGCAGAGAUACAGCCUACAUUGAAGCCUAAUAAGCCUGUGUUCAAAGUCAUCCCAGAGAAGGAACUCAGAAGGUUACAAGCAGAGGCCGUUAAAACACAAAGAAUUCAGAUAGAACAGAGACCACCAUUUAUGAGUCCUAGGAAGGAAAUCAAUGUAGAACUGGCCCGAAACCCCGAGAUUGCUCCUGUCAUGACAAAUAAUCUACUGUUCAUCGACACGUCAGCGUACACACGACCAGAGAGAGCAAACAAGGACAAGGCAGUGAUUGUGAGGGACACCGAGGGAACACUGAGAAAGGCUAAACACGACGAGAGAGAACGUGCCAUACAGAUCGCCUUCCCAGUCAAGGGCAGGACAGUCUUCCCAUCACAUUUCUUCUCACCGGAAUACCUUCAGAAUGCAUUAGAGAACUGCCGCUACAGCUAUGUAUUGGACAAGGUGUGCGUACAGUAUGAGCCGGAUGACCCAGAGUUCAUCAGGAUUUCUUGCCACAUUUUUGACCAUAUCCUGGAGCGAGGGGAGUUUGACUUCCUCCGUGGAACCCGUCACUUUGGAUCACUGGUAUUCUACCUCGCUCUGUGUAGGAGGGACCGCCCCCUGGUUUUGGACAUGUUACAGAGACAUCUGGUCCUGGAUGCUUGUGAUGUCAUCCAACUGGUGAAAAAAAUCCACACACCAAAAGAACAGUCUAAAUUUCUACCCUACACAACAAAAACCAUACAGAGAACUUUAGAGAAAUACAUCUUAAAAGUAACAAAUCAAGAAGAAAACAGAAAAUUCAAUGAGGCCAUGGAAAACAUAAAAAGCCGUGGUCUGUCUGAGGUCAUAGAGGUCAAUAAAUCGGAACGUGAUCUUAUAGAGAACUACCUCAAACAGUGACCAGACUCGGAAUAGCGUGAGCUGUGUGUUAGUAGUUACCCGUGAUACUGCGUACUCUUAAUUAUUCAUAAUAUUUUGUAACAUGGUACUCGUAAUAUUGCACACCAGUGUAUUACUUGUAGUAUUGCAUACUGUGUGUAUAAAAAAAAUAAAAGUGUAAUAUAAAA